GUCACUCAUCCAAUGUGAUACCUAGCGAUAGAGUACAACAAAUGCAGUCAUUAGAUACAUGAAAUCACAACCAUAAAAAAUCCGGUAUUCUCCAUUCUUGAAAGCAUUUAACAUCAAACAUGAAUGAGAAAAAGAAUUGCAACAUUGAGAUUUACUCUUCCUGAACCAUAGAUAAAAGAAAAGCAACGGUAAACCAUCAACUUGAGUACAAUCGCAUUCCCGACAUUUUCUCCAUCCUAAUAUUGAGAAAUAACAGGUUAGUUCUGCUACCACUAUGAGCUACAUGAACUGUCAAAUUGACCUCCUCACCAAUCUAAAAACUGCAGUUCUGGCAACUAUCAAUGUGGGCUGUACAAGCCUCUUCCUUCCAAGUUAAAUUCAAAGUUCUCCCCCACUCUCUCACACACAGUAGUUCUUAGUUAAAUGCAAAGUUCUAUCCUCUUCCCACUAGUGAUUUAUUUGCACUGUGAUGCUCCAUCAGCGUCCUUUUCAAUUUCUAGAAACUGAAUAACAAUGUACCAUUAGAUGCCUCAUGCCUGUAGCCAGGUGUUGUACUAGUAUGAAUCACAAUUUUCUUUUUACUCAAAAAAUUAAUAUCUCAAGUAACAUAGAAGCAAUCCGCAAGCAGGAAACAGUCUUAACAUGUCAGACAAAUAACAUGAUCAAAGAAGUACUGGAAAAGAGGAUUUUGAUUCAGAAGAUGUUAUUGAGUUCAUAGCAAUAUGCAUUCAAUAUUUAUUUGAAAUUCACUUACCGUCUGAGUUACCAACCAAAGUAUCUAGAUUCUGGACAGAGCAUUUCAUAGCUGCUAAAAGUUUCAAAUUUAUGAGAUGAAAUUCAAUCGUACACCCAAAAUAUCCCCAAAUUCGAUUUGAACAUCAAUACUCCAAAAAAUUCAUAGUAAGGGAAGAGAAUGGGAAACCUCGAGGGCAUGUUUGAAUCUGCAGUAAACUCUGAGUUCCCCGAUGAUAUGCUGAAGUUGUUUCUUGGUGACGGGUCUUCCUUCGCUAACCCACUGAUCAAGGAUUGGGACAAUGGAUAUAUUGGAGUCGCCAACGGGUGAAAUCCGUUUGUAAAGAUUGUUGGAAGCAUCGGACACGUGCUGGGAAGUUGUUGAAUUUGAACAAAAGAAAAGCCGAAAAACCCUUUGAUAAGCAGAACGUGAGAGUUGUUGAUUCAGGGAAUCGGUUAAAGAAACCUUCAUUCUUGGUGAAAGACAGCGACGCAGAAAUUGAGCCAUUUCAUUCGUGUCAGGGUUUUAGUGAGGGGUUUAUAAAUAGCGGUCGGGUUAUAUAGAACUUCAGAGAAAGUACAUUUAUCAGUUUUCCUAAUUUUUUUGGUCUCCCUGCUCCUGGUUAUUUUCUCAUUCAGAAAAAAAAAAAAAAGAAAAAAGGAAAAGAUCGAAUCUUUUUAUAAAUUGCUUUUAUUUUCGGCGGCAAAAUCUCACCACCUUUUUACGCAGAUUGUAAGCCGGUCUUGCUCCAGAUAUUGCUGGGGCGGGCUUGGACAUGGUGGUUUCGUCACAUUUUGAACUUUCGAAGCACAUUACCUGUUUGCUGUUAUGUCUCUUAGAGAAAAUGUUUGUCACUUUCUUCUUAUAACAUGCAGGAAAGUAAGGGGAUUUCUGAGGUUUAUACUUCAACUUCUCGUUGGCACUAGUUACGAGUGAACUUCUCCAACUCAAGACAGGAUGCUGUUUAACCUUUAUAAGGUUUUUGGAAGAAUCUGCUUCAGAAAAUGUAGCUCCAAUUCACUGGGAGGAAACCGGUUCAUGGUUUCUGGGCAUAAAUCUCAGGUGGCAUCAAUCGGCGAGGGGAGGCAGAUUAGCUUUAGGAUUAGGGAUGUCUCCUGUUUCUCAACAAUUCAAAGAGUAGUAGUUAUUGAUGGCGAUGGCGAGAAAGAAAAUGGGAAUGGGACACUCGCCAUGGACUUGGCAAGUUUGGUUGAGGAUUCUUCGGUUACACCAAAGAGAAAACCUAGAACACGUGCAGAGCUGCAGAGGUUUCUUGAGCUGCGUAUUAAAAAGAGGGUUAAGGAACAAUAUAGAGAUGGGAAGUUUUAUGACCUCAUGGAGAAAGUGAUUGCUAAUUCAAAUACUUUGAGGGAUGCUUAUGAUCUUAUAAGGGUGAGCUCGAAUAUUGACUUGACAACAGAUGGAGACAAUUUGCCUUUUGAAUCAAUGGCAGACGAGCUCCUUGCUGGGAAUUUUAAUGUUGAUGCUAACACCUAUUCCAUGUCAACGAGGGGUAAAGAUAAAGAAGUACUGGUGUUCCCAAAUGUUAAGUUGAAAGUGGUGCAAGAGGCCAUAAAGAUAGCGUUGGAAGUUGUUUACAGACCUCAUUUUUCUAAGAUUUCACACGGUGGCCGAAGCGGGAGAGAUCACUCAUCUGCUUUGAGAUAUAUUAGGAAGGAGAUGCAUGAUUCAAACUGGUGGUUUACCUUGCAUCUUAAUCAGAAACUAAAUUCACAGAUCCUUGAUAGGCUUAUCCAUGAAAUGCAGCAUAAAGUAGAAGAUUCAAGUCUGUAUGCAAUAAUCCGACGCAUGUUUGACUCCAAGGUGCUUAACUUGGAGUUUGGAGGUUUUCCUAAAGGGCAUGGUCUUCCACAAGAAGGAGUAUUGUCUCCAAUCUUGACAAAUAUUUAUCUUGACGUCUUUGAUCGUGAAAUUUACAGGAUGUCAAUGACGUAUGAAGCUCUUGAUUCAUCGUCGGCUACUGGGGAUGAUGGGAUAAACUCAAAGCUACGUGGAUGGUUCAGGAGGCAGAUGAAUGGUAAUAUUACUCAAGAACACAAUUGUGAGAAUGGUUCCAGUGUAAGAUUACAUUGUUGUCGCUUUCUGGACGAGAUUUUUGUUGCUAUUGCUGGCCCAAAAGAUGUCGCUCUUUCGUGCAAAUCUGAAAUUGAAAACUUCCUCAAGAAUCUUCUUUACUUGGGGGUUUGUGAUCAAUUAGAUGUUCUACCAUGUGAAAGUAGGCGUGGUGUUCGAUUCCUAGGAACUUUGAUUAAAAGAAGUGUGAAAGAAAGCCCAGCAGUAAGAGCUGUUCACAAGUUGAAGGACAAAGUGGCGUUGUUUGCUUCUCAAAAGCAAAGGGCUUGGGAUACAGGAACUGUUAGGAUUGGGAAAAAAUGGAUAGCUCACGGUCUUAAGAAGGUAAAAGAAUCAGAGAUCAAGCACCUAACUGAUAGGAGCUCCCUUUUGAAUCAAAUUUCCUGUUUCCGUAAAGCUGGAAUGGAAACUGAUCACUGGUAUAGACUGCUUCUGAAGAUAUGGAUGCAGAAUAAUAAUGCCAGGAAUGAAGAAAGUGUAGAAUCCAUUUUGUCAAGGUGCAUUGUGGAACCAUCUCUUCCGCAGGAACUAAAAGAAUCCUAUGAGGAGUUCCAGAAGCGUGCCAGGGAGUAUGUUUCUUCAGAGACCACUGCUACUGUUGCUCUUUUACCUGGCAUCAGUUCAGCAAUUACUCCAACUGUGACAGAAAUCGUAGCCCCUAUUGGUCCCAUAAAGAAGCGCCUCCAAAGAUAUGGAGUGACAAAUGCUGAAGGGCAACCUCGCUUAUGUCAUAUACUCGUUUUACAGGACGAGGAACAUAUAAUUGGUUGGUUUUCAGGAAUUGUUGACCGGUGGCUUAGAUGGUAUAAAGAGUGUGACAACUUUAAUGAGAUCAAGCUUAUAAUUUCAGGUGAAGUAAGGAUGUCUUGCAUCCGAACACUAGCUGCCAAAUAUAGAAUACAUGAGACGGAGAUAGAGAAAAAGUUUGAUUUACAGCUGAGCAGAAUUCCUGUAACACGUGAGACAGAACAGGAGAUAACUGAUGAGGAUUUCGACAAUGCAGACAGCUUGUCAGGAGGGACUUAUAGUGGCCUGUGUUUAUUAUCAUUGGCAAGAACUGUAAGCAAGUCCAGACCUUGCAACUGCUUUGUCAUAGGUUGCACAAUGCCUGCUCCUUGUGUUUACACUCUUCACGUGAUGGAACAACAAAAGUUUCCUGGAUGGAAAACUGGAUUCUCUAGCUGUAUCCAUCCCGGCUUACAUAGACGACGAAUUGGGCUGUGCAGGAAACAUGUGAAAGACUUGUUUCUCGGUCAUAUAUCCCUUCAAUCUGUUAACUUUGGUGCUUGGACGUGAAAAUUCAACUUCAAUACGUGUGGAAGGUUUGCUGAUCAGAUGGCAGAUCCAGGACUUAAGAAGACAAGGUCCGAGAGCUAGGAACAGCACAGAGAGCUUGUUACAACAUGUUCAAUAUAUUCCCAACAGGUCCAUGAUGUGGAUGUAGGAGAGCUUGGUGACAGUGUUGAGGUCAGAUGCUGCAAAUCAAUGUACUUGGAUACAUUUAUUGUUACUUUGUACUAUUUCAUACAGUUUGACCAAUGAUCUCAUUACAUCCAGGUCACCAUAAUUCAUAGGCAUGAGUGUCUGAAUUGGUCCUAUAAACGGAACUGUGAAAUCAUUGAGCAAGGUUAGAUUCGACAUGGCAUCUUUUUUUAUGGGAGAAAAAUGUUUCCUAGACUGUCUGUCUUCACCGAGUUCUUGUUUGAAAUGCAGGCGGAGAAGUGGAAGCAAUGCUGACAGAAGCUGGUAAAUGAGCUCUUUGGCUCUAAAUAUAUGGUAGUUGGAAGAUGUCGAAAAGGGUCAUCCUUUCCGGAAUAGGAUUGAAGGAUCACAAUGCAUUGAUGCUGCAUGACGGGCCGCAUCAGAAGCUAUGUAAUCGGCAUGUAGUAUGUACUCCAUUACUUGAACAUUUCUGCUAAGUUAUAAUUAAUCUAUUCUCUGUAUAAGGAUGGUGGUGAUUUACCAUAGCAGAAGAUAGGUUCAACUUAGAUCCAUCACUACCUCCAUCUUGCUGAGGGGAAAUUUUAACUUGUACCAAAAUCUGUGAAAUUUUCCUAGAUAAAUCUACAGAGUUUAGCCACUUUACAGGCAAUCUGUAGCAGAAUGGCAGGCGUAGUUCCCGAAUCGAGCUCAUAGUGUUACCUGUAAAAUCAAGUCCAUUGGUGGAGGAUAAUAAAACUGAAAAGCCUGAAUGAUUUCCAUUUUUCAGUGAUAAUGAUUUCAAGUAUAAAGAAAAGAGGUACGUAUGUACGUACCUCGUAGGCUAGUACACAGACAACAGGAAGAUUGAGGAAAGUAGGCGGAUUUUGGAAGUAUGUUCUUUUAUUAGACUAGUAAUUUGUUUCUUUGGAUGAAAAAAACAAAGAACGUGAUUUGGGAAUUUGUCUGCGAAGGCCUUCCGCUUUCAAAGGUUACUGCAUCAUUCUGGGCUAGACUGUUCCAAGCUCCAGAGUCAGCAUUCCCGGCCCUUCCAUAACAUUCCCUUCAACAAACCCCCCCUAAUAAAGUGAACCUUCUCAUAAUAGACUACUGCCUAGGGAUUACCCCAAAGUUCACAAGUUUGGAACAAUUUUCAUGAAUCCAACGUAGUAUUUGCUGUCUCCGCUGAACCAUAUUGGUGGAGCAUUCUCUCUCAAAAUCAUUAUCCAGCGGUAUUAGUAUAAAUUAUAUUGGAAAUAACGGAGAAAGUAUAACUGUCUUUUUUAGUUUAACAAAUACAUGACGUUUUUUCAGAAGAGAC